CAACAAAACAAUCAGAAAGCUCAAAAUUCAACCAGGUAUAAUUACCAGCAACCAUGCAUCUCCCGUCCCUCUUUUCGGUCCUCUCUGUCUCGCUCUCCCUCUCCUCUCUUGUUGCUGCGACUACCACCGAGGAGCUCCCCAAUGGGCUGAAAAUUGAAAAGAUACACACCGUGGAUUGUGAGCGACGCACCCUCAGCGGCGACUCCAUUAAGGUGCAUUACCGCGGCACCCUUGCGGAAAGCGGCAAACAAUUCGAUGCUAGCUAUGAUCGCGGGUCUCCGUUGGGCUUUAUGGUGGGAACAGGCAUGGUUAUUCAGGGCUGGGACCAGGGCCUUAUCGGCAUGUGCGUUGGGGAUAAGAGAAAAUUAACUAUUCCUCCGGAGCUGGGGUACGGAAAUCGGGCCAUGGGACCGAUUCCGGCUGGAUCGACGCUUAUUUUUGAGACUGAGUUGAUGGAGAUUGAGGGUGUAAAAAAGGAUGAACUUUGAGCUCUAUAUUAAUGACUUUAUGGAUUCCGCAAUGGCUUCGCUUUGAUGCAUGGAGAUCUGCUGCAAUGGAUGGCAGACCCAUACCCAGAAUAGAUAUGACAAUUGACAAUAUUAUAACUAUAUCAUUUACAGACGUA